UGACCGGCAUCACAGCAAUCAGCUUCGAGGUGUUGUGACCACUGUGAAGCUCUGAAUGGUUGUGUAUUGCCGAUCCUUGUUUGCGAGUGAGGUUAGGUCUGUGUUCCAGUAACGGGAUCGGCGAUAUGAGCGGUGGGGUGGACAUCGCGACGGCUGCCCCCAUGCUGCCGGUGGGCUCCCCAGUGACCCCUCCGCCCAAUGGAGAGCCGGUGUCGCGUUACUUCCACCAGAGCCCGGAACACUACGCCGCGUCAUUCGCUGCCAUCCACAAGAUGCGUCAGAACACACAGCUGUGUGACGUGGUGCUCAAGAUAGGGGCUGAUACCAUUCACGCCCACAGGGUGGUGCUCGCGUCGGUGAGCCCUUACUUCUAUGCCAUGUUUAACGACGAUUUGGUGGAGAAACUGCAAGAGGAAGUGACGCUGCACGACGUGGACGCCGCGGCGCUGCAGCAGCUGGUGGACUACUCAUACACGGGCGAGAUCCUCAUCACCGAGGACAACGUGCAGGUGCUGCUGUCUGCCUCGAGCCUUCUGCAGAUGAGCUCGGUGCGUGAGGCUUGCUGCAAGUUCCUCAUGAGACAGCUCCAUCCCUCCAACUGUCUCGGCAUCCGGAGCUUUGCAGAUGCGCAUGCGUGCAAGGAGCUACACCGACGGUCACAUCGGUUCGCCCUGCAGAACUUCCAGGAAGUAAUGGGCACAGAGGAGUUUCUCCUGCUUCCGUUCAGCGAGGUGGAGGAGCUGAUCUGCAACAGUCAGCUGAACAUCGCGUCCGAGGAGAAAGUAUUUACCGCCGUCAUGAGCUGGACGAAGCACGACCUGGCCGGCAGAGAGCAGUACGUGGCCCAGCUCAUGCACCACGUCCGCCUACCGUUGAUGGCCCGCGACUUCCUCAUGGGCUUCGUGGACUCGGAGCCGCUGAUCCGCGGGAACACGGAGUGUAAGGAACUGUUACUGGAGGCCAUGAAGUACCACCUGCUUCCCGAGCAGAGGUCAGCACUAGCCAAUGAGCGCACAGUGGAGCGGCGCGCCGAAGGAAUGCAGCCCUAUCUGUUUGCUGUGGGUGGCGGGUCACUGUUCGCGAUCCACAGCGAGUGUGAGUGCUACAGCCCACAGACGGACCGCUGGGUGCCCAUCGCUUCCAUGGUGUAUCGGCGCAGUCGCAGUGGAGUCACCAGCCUCGGCAAGCUCCUUUAUGUGGUGGGAGGGUAUGAUGGCGCUUCCGACCUGGCCUCCGCCGAGAGCUACAACCCAAUGCUGAACAAGUGGACUGCCAUCACCCCGAUGGGCACCAAGCGCAGCUGUCUGGGCACCUGUAGCUUCGACGGGCUGCUGUAUGCAUGUGGCGGCUAUGACGGGGCCUCAUGCCUCAGCAGCAUGGAGCGCUAUGACCCGCUGACAGGGGUCUGGACCUCGUGCCCUGCCAUGACCACACGCAGACGUUACUGUCGCAUCGCUGUCGUUGAGAACUGUGUAUAUGCGCUUGGUGGAUUUGACUCCACCAACUAUCAGGCAAGUGUGGAGCGGUUUGACCCUCGGAUGGGGAGGUGGUGCCCGGUGCCCUCCAUGAGCAGUCGCCGCAGCAGCUGUGGCGUGGCCCCCUUAGAUGGUGCCCUGUACUGCAUUGGGGGCAAUGAUGGGACCAUGUGCAUGUCGAGUGGGGAGAGGUUCAACAUCAGAAGGAAUGCCUGGGAGCCUAUAUCAGCCAUGCAUUCCAGAAGGUCCACACAUGAGGUGGUGGAGAUUGACGGCUGCCUGUACGCUCUUGGCGGUAAUGAUGGCAGUUCUUCGCUCAACUCUGUGGAGCGCUAUGACCCAAAACUCAACAGGUGGACACUGGUGACAUCUAUGCUCACUCGUCGCAGUUCUGUAGGAGCCGCAGUACUCGACUGCCUUAAUCUAGAAAAGGGGAUUGCUGCUGCUAAAAACGUGUGACUGUGGUGUCUGACUUCCAUGUCAUAUCUUCAUAUAUGAUAAUUUAACAUUGGGAAGACACUUGAUGAGCCUUGUGUUGUGUGGAUUAGGUGGUCAAGAUGUGCAUCUGAGGCUACUGAUCUGAAGGCAAAGAGAGAGGCAUUCUUUAGAAUGACCAUUCAAAAAGAACACACAUAACAUUCACUUCUGCUGUAAGAUAACUAAAUGUAUGGACAUCCUGGUGGCAUUUCAGGGAAAUUGUGGCUCUGUUCAGAGAACAGAAAGUUAAAGCAUUUGUGUGUUUGCUGUGCAAAUGUUGGGUUUGUUACUACUUGAAUACAGUACUUAGGUAGAAAGUGGGUGACUAUGGAAGUUUGGAGCACACUUAAUAUAAUGCCUGUAACUUUUCUGUUGAGGUGUGAAAGCUGUAAUUUUCCAGCAGUGUGUGUCUAAAACAUCUUUGGGCAUGAGACAUUAUCAGAAAGUGGCACACAUCACUAUGUCAUCAUUA